AUGGGCCGAGAAGAGAAUCACUCCGACGCCGGAGACGGAGACGGAGACAGGAUGGCGAACAAGCUCAUAGGAGAAAUCGGACUUCACAAGAGAAUCUCUAAUAUAUUCGCCGCGCGAAACAUCAUCACCGCCAAGGAUGCAUUAUCAAUGACGGAAUUCGAAUUGAUGGAGCUUCUAGAUAUUGGAAUGAAGGAGACAAAAUCUGCGGUUAAACUCAUCAGUGAAGCUUCUUCUCCACCAUGCUUAUCUGCUCUGUCUUUACUACAGAGAAAAGCCGAAAACGAACACUUAUCAGGUCAUCUUCCCACACACUUGAAAGGGUUAGACUCAGCCUUAUGUGGUGGGAUCCCUUUUGGUGUUUUGACAGAGUUAGUUGGUCCUCCUGGUAUUGGUAAAUCUCAGUUUUGCAUGAAACUUGCUCUAUCGGCUUCGUUUCCAACGGCUUACGGAGGAUUGGAUGGUCGUGUGAUAUACAUAGACGUUGAGUCCAAGUUUAGUUCAAGAAGGGUGAUAGAGAUUGGAUUGAAAAGCUUCCCUGAAGUGUUUCACCUUAAAGGAAUGGCACAAGAGAUGGCAGGAAGAAUCAUUGUUUUGCGUCCAACUUCUUUAGCUGAGUUUACUGGAAAUAUACAAGAACUCAAGGAUUCGAUUCUUCAGAACCAAGUAAAGCUUCUAGUGAUUGAUAGUAUGACAGCUCUUCUUUCAGGCGAGAACAAACCAGUAGCUCAGAGACAGCAUCAGUUGGGUUGGCAUAUCUCUUUCUUAAAAUCGCUUGCUGAAUUUUCGAGGAUUCCUAUAGUUGUGACUAAUCAAGUUAGAUCUCAAAACCGUGAUGAGACUAGUCAUUAUUCUUUCCAAGCUAAACUAAAAGAUGGGUUUCAAGAACAAACAAGCACAUAUGAUUCUCACCUUGUUGCUGCAUUGGGGAUUAACUGGGCUCAUGCUGUAACCAUCCGGCUAAGAAUCAUUAAGGUGGCGAAAUCUCCUAUGUCGCCUCCUUUAGCCUUCCCGUUCCAUAUAACAUCAGGUGGAAUUUCGUUGCUGAGCGACGACGGGACUGAGCUGAAAGGUCCAGGAAUCAACACCAUUCAUGCUCAAGGGCACAGCGACGUGAUUAAUUUUCAUGGGGAGGUUUAAAAAGGCGAAACAAAGGCGUGCUGAGGCACAAAAAACCUCCAAAUGCUGUAAAUUAUCGCAAUAGUUCAAUUCAACUUUCUUAGGAAAAGGUAACAUUUAGACAUUGAUGAUUUGAAUUAGGCUUACCAUGUUACUGCAUCGGAUGAUUAGCGAUCAAAUGUAUAUAUUAUUUGGUAAAGGGUUUGCUUGUUCAUUUGUUUUUGUUGGAAGUAUCUUCUAUUAAACAAAAUGUACGAGCGGGCCGGCCCAUAGGCUAAGCAAAGGAAGCUAAGGAUUAGGGCAGCAAAAAAUUUAGGGACAUCUUUUUUUAAUAUUUUC